GAAACUAAUUAUUCUUUGCAGCAUUCUUCCAGGGCGAGUACAACAUAUCAGCGAGUGUAGAGAAGUGCACAAUGUACUGGAGUUUCAGUACUCCCCGCAUGUACCCGAGGCCGGAGGUGCACUGCGGCUUCUGGAACCGCACUGGUCACCUGGUCAAAGAACUGCGAGGCGGCCUUGUCUUCCACCAAGAUGUUAAUUAUGUGUGGUACGUCUACGCCCGAAACACACCUGUACAGGUAGCAGACAUCCCCCGUGGUACCAGCUUCCACUGCAGCACACAGGUGAGCAUCGCCAACUACACCAAACACACACACUUGGACGAAGACAGCAUCGCCCAGCUGCUUCAUGACAGAGUAAACGAUGAAGGGUGUCCAGCCCUGCCCACCCUGAGGAACCACAUGGAUGUAAUACUUGUCGGCUGCCGUUACAACUGUCGAGGAGAGUGUCACCAAUACAGCUCCAAGCCUGUCAUUGCCGAGUACCGGUGUGACCCUGGAUAUUGGUCGUAUUGGGAGACUAAGAACAUUGUGGUACGUCGGUGGAUUCUGCGGGUCACCUGCUACGACUCGCGACGCAUCUGGGUCUCUGAAGACGGUACCAAACCCCUGGACUUACCAUACUGCAUAUACAGUGGAUCAGCUGUAGUGUUGCCCUGCAGUGUCCAGCUCCUGGUCGUGGUUGCCAUCCUCUCCUGGUUGCUCACUUUUAUUGCUCGUCUGCACACUGGUAGGUGGAAGCCUCAUCUACAUAUUCCACAUUGGCACAUGAUAAAUUCUUCUACAUACUCCACACCGGCAGAUGGAAACCUCGUCUACUUACUCCACACUGGUAGAUGGUAACCUCGUCU